AUGGACACCAAUAUAAUCCGAAUAGUCCAUAUAGGAGCUGGCAAUCAUUCACUUAAUAAAUCGAUUGCGUAUAAAUCCUUAAUACGACGAUGUUUAAAGCGUCUGUCUACAUUUGAACAAUCAAUUGAAAUCAUUGAAGCAUCGAAAUUAACUAAUACUGGAUAUGGAAGUCUGUUAAAUUUAGUAGGUCAAGUUGAAUGUGAUGCUAGUUUUAUAGUCAUUGAUGAUAAUGGUGGAAGAUCCCAGGGAAGUUUGACUGGGAUUGAUGUUGGUUUACCUGGUUUAGUCACCAUGAAAGUUUAUGACAAGAUUAAUGAUCUUUAUAAGGAUGAUCAUAAUGGAUUGAGUAAACCUUUGAAUAUGCAUUAUGGAUCAUGUCCCAGUUUUUUAAAAGAUGAUGAUGAUGGUACACUUAUAAGUCCUGAAAGUCAACAUAUCUAUGAUAUUCAUAAAGAUCGAAUAUUUAAUGACAGUGGUAAACUACAAGAGGUUAAUGAUACUAUAGGAAUUAUCGAGGUGAAUCAAACUACUACUAAGAUAGUUACUUCAUCAGGAGGGAGUUUCUUUAAAUUACCAGGUCGAAUAGGAUGUGCUGGUAUAAUUGGAUGUGCUAUAGAUUCCACCACGAUAAAUGAUAUUGAAAUUUCAUGUAUGUGUAGUGGGAAUGGUGAAGAUAUUAUUAUGAUGAAUCUUGCUCAUUAUUUAGUGAAUAAUAUCAUGGAUUGUAAUCAAGAUGAAGAAGGUUAUGGUUCGUUUGUGAUUAACUUGAUUCAAACUCAUGGUCAACGAUUUCAAUCACAUGCUAUUAAUGAUGAUAAUGAAUCGAUAAUUUACGUUGGAGUUAUACUAUUUAUAAAUCAUAAACAUACCGAUGAAAAACGAUUAAUUUAUUGUCAUAGUACACCAUCAUUUUACUUUGGAUUUACUCAUAAUGAGGAUCAAGUAGAAGUGAUUCAAAGUAGAUUAAACAAUACAGACAAGUUUGGAAAGAUAUUUACAACAGGAGAGUUUAAAUUAUAA